AUGGUAAACCUUUACCACUGUUUCCAGUUCUACGACUACUCCUUCUCCCCUCACAAGAUAAUGUUUGCGGUCAGGUUGCCUGCACUAACUGUAAGCGCAGGUGCCAUACCAAAAGCGCAAUCGCCCAAACACUAUAAGACCUAUGGGAAGCGUGACAGAAACCACUGUGAAUACUGUCACGUUUCAUUUGACACUUUCCCAGGUCUGCGUCAGCACGAAGUUAAGACGCACAAGAACGAAGAGUCGAAGAAAAAACAGAGACCGGUAAAUCAACGCUGGAGAUACUCCAAGACAUUGCUUCUAGAAGACGAAAGAGAAAAUAUGAAAAAUAAUGUUCUAAUAAUGAUGGACACAGAAAAUGAUGAUUAUCAGGAAGUUGAAGAAAUUAGAAAUGUAGAUUAUAUCAAUAAACAAAAUCAAGAAAGUGCCCCGGAGAUUACCCAAAAAAAUGAAAAUAUAUGUGAACAAAUUGAGGAAGAAAUGGAACAUGUAGAAAACCAAGACAAUACUCAAAAUAAAAGCAUCUAA